CGACCAUACAAAAGCAUGUCGACAACACGGAGAAGUAAAAAGGACAUAGACCGAUUCAUCAGUCAAUUCCCAGAAGAUCAGAUCAGUGCGAGGGGUUAUCAAGUUGCUGUUCUUUACGCAGAGAUUGGUGAAUAUGACCUUGCCAAAAAGUACUUAACAUUCUACAUGAGUGUGAGAGAUGACCUGCCCCAGGCACACAAACUAAUGGCACAGAUAUGUGAGGGUCUACAGGAGAAGGAACAGGCUAUAGCUUGCUAUAAAAGGUGCUUGGAGUUGGACAACUCACAGAAGGGAACCAUUUUAAAAAUUUGUGAAGUGCUGAGUUCUAUGCCCUCUGAUGAUGCUCAGAGAAUCAAGUAUUGGGCAGAGAAGGCAGAGAAAGUAUUCCCAAACAAUCCAGUCGUCUUCAAGUUGAAAGAAAAGAUUUUGUCAAGUAGUUCUGGGACAGAUCUUGACAAGCUUGAAGAACUCUACUCAAAACAGCUGGAAAAGAAUUACACAGAUGCAAGCUUGCACAUCAAGUUAAUGGAGUUGUACCUGACAAGUGACCGUGUCCAGGCAGCAGUGAACCAUGGAAUCGAGGUUGAGCGUACUCUAGCAUUUGUCCAAAAUGCAGCCUGGUACAAGUGUUUAAUCAAGGCAUUCAGUGUUCACCACCAGAGGGAGCAGGGUAGUGAUGACAUCUACAUCCAUCAUCUAUUUGCCCUCCAAAACUUAGUAUUCCAGAUGAUGUCUGACCAUGAUGUUGUGACCUGUGCCACAGCUCUACACCAGUUUGAUCAGUGCUUAUUUGAACUAGCUAGAGCGUCCUCCCAGAGACCUAAAUGGCGUGCUGUAGUCACAGAGAUGGAGGGACAAAUCUACUUCCUGUCUGCACUAGUUCUAUUUAAACGGGCUCAGAAGGGCCAGGUUCUUUGGAAAGAUGCCAGCUUCUUUGCAACUGUUUGCCUGUUGCUGAGCAGUCAGUAUCCAGCCAUUGAUGUGAAAGCUGCCUGGUAUCUACAGCUAAAACAGCACAAUCGCAAGUUCUUCGACAGAUUACACAAGAUCGGAGCCUACAGACACAGCCAAGGGGGUUACCUGGUACUUGCCAUGACAAAGUCUGACAGUGUUGCUCGUCUGCAGCAUAUUAAACAGCAGCUGAAGACACCUCGAGCACGUGAGGUUUUCUAUGAUACACUCUUCACACUACGGGAGAUGAGAGAUCGUAAGGACAAAUCAUACAUACUGAACUCUGACACCUUCCACAAAGUACCAGUAGUAGUACCCUCCAGAGCUGUGGUGACACAGUAUGACAAAGAUGUGUUAUUGCUGUAUGGUGAUAAUUUGCAUGUCCUAGUGUGGCAGGCACUUCAGAGUUACAACACACGGGACACCACACAGCCAUAUUAUGGGAUGGAUCUGUAUGCCAAGCUGCCAUAUACCAGUACAACCUUGAACAGUGGCUCGCCAGAGUCUCUAUCACAGGUGGAUGUACAGGCAUUUUUCUGUGCUACGGUACGAUGUGCUGCUGUGGCCUAUGAGGAUCAGAACAAGAGCUUCCGUCCUGACAGCUACCGACCUCAAUUCCUCCCAGCAUGCCUCAGUCAGUCACUGUGCAGUAAGGUGCAGGGUGAUUGGUGGGAGGCUAUGUAUAAGUUCAGUGUGGGAACACCACGUGACAAUUAUGCAAAACUAAGACUAACAAUUCAACAGGGCUUGGAGACAAUUCGUCUGGUGGGUGCACACGGCAUGGGGCUGACGCUGGUAACCCAUCUUGCUCAAACAUUUGAUAAAUGGGCUCAGACACUGAAGAAAGAUGGGGUCUGCGAUCCUACUAAACCUCAAGCCAUGGAAGGCCGUGCUGUGUUCUAUUGGAAGGAAGCCAUGCAGAUGCUCAAACGCUUGGAAAAAAAUUUGCCUUAUCGCUACCCGAAGGAGCGCAUGUUUGUCGAUGGCAACCAGGUCAACCUUGAUGCUGACAAGAUCUCUGAUCUAAAGGAGCAAGCAACAUUUUCAUUGGCAGUGCUUGACAUGCGUGAAGGACGUCUUGAAGAGGCCAAAGAAAAGUUUGAAACCUCUAAGAAACCUAUAGCUACCUAUUACUUGGCUCAGAUAUUUAGAACCUUGGCUAACAAGGUGUCAAUGGACACCCUAGGAGGCAGUGAUCAGAAAAAAGCUCUGUUGGAACGUGCUUUGGACAUGUUGUACCUUGCUCUAGACCGUAUACAGGGGGAUACAGAGCAUGAGCUGCACAAGGAAAUUCCUAAUACUCUGGAUGAAGUAGUUAGUCUGCUUGAGCGAAUGCAGAUGCCCAGUGGUACCUCACUGAUAGACAGUAUAUCUGUCAACAACAAUGCUGACAACAGCUCAAAUGACGACACACCCAGUUUCAGCACUCCAAAGAGUUUCCACACAACCCCUGGGGCAGGACAAAAUGGCACACCCAUCAACAGAAAUGCUAAUGUCAGUGGCUCCUGGGGUGGGGGCUCCAUAGAACCAUUGUCUCUCUUCCCUAAGGAGUCACCCAGUUUUGUGGCCAGCAACAUCAUUGAGCAGAGCACCCCUGCUCCACUGCAUAGAGAGACAAAUCAACAUGUACGGCCAAGCCCUGAGCGUCUUGAUGCCAGAAUUUGGGCACUGGAGAAAAAAAUGGCUACCCUAAUUGAGCUUCAAGAGCAGUCUAAAAAGCACUGGGAGAGAACGGUACAGGAUGCCAUCAAGAAUAUGCAGGAAGAAAUGAGGGCGGAAAUGGCCCAAAAUAAUGACAUACUUAAGGAGAUGAAGGAGUUCCUAGUAUCAUUCCGUGGCUCUGCAGCAGGGAGAUUUAUAGGACCUACCCCCUUCAGACCCCCACAGUACUACCCCCCUCAACAGCAGUCAUGGAUUCCUCCUGGUAACUAUGGCUACCAAAUGUCCCCAGUUCCUGGAGCUCCACUUGCUCCCUAUCCUGGGGCAAUGGGUCCAUAUCCACCUGCCAACCGUCUGACUCCCCAGCCACCUGUGGGACCAACAGUGAACCAAAUGUCACACCAGAAUGAUAUUGUUGAGGAUGAUAUCUACCACAUUGAUGGAGAGUAUUAUGAGGAUGAUGGCUCACAGCCCCCUCCCCACAACAUGUACAGUGAACCACAGCUUAGUCAGGAGUGGCCCUUUGGUCAUCGUGCAGGGUUAGAGGGGAAAUCAACCAUCACCUACACUCCCUCUGGUCAACAGAAUCAGGCUAUGCCGCAGCCUGGAAUGUUUGCAAAUGCUUUGCGUGGACCGUCUCUACAGUACACCAUCAAACAGCCUAGUAUGGCACAAAUGCCAGGACAACGCCUCCCCUCAUCCCAACCUCCUUCACACCCAAUGCCAGGACCAGGAUUCUUCUCAUUUCCCCAGUCGUCUACGGCCGUGUUUAAGUCCCAGGAUCCCACAUAUCCAAUGGCCAGUCGUUCAGGGAUGGUGAUACCUCAAACAUCACAACCCUCAGCUCUCAUGGCCGUCCUCACCAGAUCACCAACAAGUGAGAUCACAACAACGACUGUCUCUAUACCAGGCAAUGUGUUGACAACCUCUUGUAUGCAGGCACAAUCAAACAUGGGUCAAGCUGACAAGGACAACUUGUUUGAAGGAAAGCCAGUGUCCAUAUGUCAACCUCAGUCGAUGGUUUCCCUAGGUCAGACCACUUCUCCUGGAAACGUGCCCCUGUUCACUAGUCUCAUGGCUGCCUCCAAAUCACCGGACACAUCUGACAUCCAUCAGUCACCAUUACGUAGUGCUGAGGUUCCCACAGGAACCAGUUCUGGCUCCAAGACAGAUUCCCCAAAUCUAACGCCAUUCACAGACUUUGCCAGUCUAGCAAAGUCAUCCCCACAGUCAGGAAUGUUUCGUCCAGCCAGUACUGCAGUGCAGAAGUCUCCUAUGACUAGUCCCUUAAAGUCACCUGGCAAACAGGAUGAUGAUGUGGUUGAAGAAUACGAACCGAAAGUGGACUUCAAACCCAUCAUUGAUCUCCCUGAUUUGGUUGAGGUAAAAACUGGAGAAGAAGAGGAGGAAAAGAUAUUUGGAGAACGUUCUAAACUUUACCGAUAUGACACAGAAACUAACCAAUGGAAAGAGAGAGGCAUUGGAGAAAUCAAGUUACUGAGACAUCGUAAUACGAAACAGGUUCGGGUGUUAAUGAGGAGAGAACAGGUGCUGAAGUUAUGUGCCAACCACAAGCUCACAACAGCCAUGAAGCUAGUUCCCAUGGCCAGCUCUGACCGAGCAUGGUGCUGGACAGCCAUGGAUUAUGCUGAAGGUGAACUGAAGACAGAGCGUCUCGCAGUCAGGUUCAAAACCCCAGAUCAAGCUAACUUGUUCAAACAGGUAUUUGAGGAUUGUCAAGCAGACAUUCAAAAACAAGAGCAGGAUCCUUCAUCUUUACCAGAUCCUACUGAGAAAAAGGAAAAACCAGACAAAGAUAAGACAUCACUCUCAGAGAUGAUCAAACCCUCCACUGGCAAGGUGAUUCCAAAUGUGGCAUCAAAAGGACAGACACUUAAGGAACUGUUUCAACAAGAGGAAAGUAGCAAGAAUUGUGAUGGCAAAUUUGGAGUAUCACCAGUUGGUGGCUUCAAGUUUGGAAUGACCCCAUCAGAAUCAAGUGCAGAAACAAAAACAACAUCAGUAUUGAAGUCGGCAGUUGGCAGUGAAACUAGGCAGCAGUCAUUAAGUGAGAUGUUCAAACCUACUGCUGGGAGCUGGGAAUGUAAUGGAUGUUAUGUCUCCAACGAUGCUAAUGUACAGAAAUGUUUGGCUUGUAAUGCGCUAAAGCCUGGAGUAAAACCAGAAGAUAUCAAAUCAGCAGCCCCAACUUCUGUAGGGCAAUCUGGUUUUAAAUUUGGUGGACCUGCCACUGGUGGUUUUAAGUUCGGAAUGCCACCAGCCACGUCUGCCAACAAUGCCAAAUCUGCUCCAUCCACGGCAGCUUCAGAACCAACAUCAGCUGGGUUCACGUUUGGAUCGACACCUGUUUUCAGCUUCAAAAAGACAGAGACUGGCACUUCAACUAGCAGCACUUCCACCACAUCUGGUGUUACAGCAGGUGGAUUUAAGUUCAACAUGAGCUCGCUAGUGUCCAGUUCAUCACAGUCCACAAGUACCGCCACUACAUCCACUGCCACACCUUCAUCUACUGCAAAUAAAACUGCCCCUGGAAUUGGUUCAGGCAUAGCACCAGCACAAUCCAUGCCAAAACCUACUACAUUUGGUGCUCCUGAGGGAGGUUUCAGUUUCAACCUUGGUAAAACUGGUACAGAUACCCCUCCUCAGACCACAGCUGAAUCAACAGCUCCAGCCUCUUUCAAAUUUACAACAGAACCUGACACCAAGCCAGCUGGAUUCUCCUUCAAAACCACAACAGAACCAAAGACACCAGAAUCCAAACAGUCAACCAUAUCAUCUGGAUUCCAAUUUACAUUCACUCCUUCAGGAACCCAGGGAAAAUCCCCUGGAGUCACUUCUCCCAAAUCUCCAGAUGGCAAUGAUUAUUAUCAAAAUAAGGAAGGAGAAGACGAUCACAUACACUUUGAACCUGUCGUGUCGCUUCCAGAGGCAGUCACUAUAGUAACAGGAGAGGAGAAUGAUGAGGUAUUAUAUGAGCAUCGAGCCAAACUGUAUCGCUUUGAUAAGCAGGAAUGGAAAGAACGAGGCCUAGGCAAUGUUAAGAUUCUGUAUAACAGUGAUACAGGGAAGUGUCGUCUUCUGAUGCGGCGGGAGCAGAUCCUCAAGGUUUGCUGUCAUCACUAUAUCACUCCAGACCUCAUGCUCAAACCAAUGCCUAAGACAGAUGGCAAGGCCCUCAUCUGGUUUGCCAUGGACUUCUCUGAAGAAACACCAAAUAUGGAGCAAUUCUCCAUUCGGUUCAAGUCUGCUGAAGUUGCCAGCAAGUUUGUUGAUGCAUUUGACAAAGCGCGGGAAAAGGCUGGGAAGGAAGAACUCAAGUCUGAGGAUUCCCCAGCUGCAAGUGUGGUUAAGUCUCCAGAGACUAAAAGUUCAUUAGCCUUAGGUAAAUCUGAGGAUGUAGAGUUUGUCCGUGAGGAAAAGGCCACAGAGGAACAAAUUGCCAAGGCCAGGAAGUAUAUGUUACCUGAUCAUUUCUACCUGUAUUUGACACGAAAACCAUGUCCUGGGUGUAGAGGAUGCACAGACAGUAUGCCAGGUGACCCAGUUAGUAAACCCACAGAUAACACCACCACAAGUGUGUCAUUGAAGGGGUUGUCUGGAAAGUCUGAAACCUCCACACCAAACAGUGUGUUUGGAGGCGGGGAAAGUAUAGGUUCUGGAUUGUUUGGUAGCCUUGAGACUGGUAAAGUGUUUGGUGCUGCUUCCACUCCAGCAAGUUCUUCGCCUGGACUUGUGUUUGGUUCAAAACCUAAUUCUCAGUCUACUGCUGGAAUAUUUAGUACCCCUACCACAGGAGGACUGUUUGGUUCUCUUCCGGCUACAACUGUCUCUUCAACUGGAGGACUGUUUGGCUCAAUGCCAGCAACUUCUACCCCUUCCACAGGGCUGUUUAGCUUCACAACAGCCACAUCAACUCCUUCCAGUAAGGGAUUGUUUGACCCUGCACCACCAACUACAAAACUUGUUAGCCAGCCUGCAACAUCAGAAACAGGCAGUACCCCAAAGAACAGUGGUGAUCACAAUGUCAGCCCAGGAGGAACAGUCUUCGGGGGCCAGAGCACAAGCUCAGCAGGACAGUUCUCUUUUUCACAGCUGGCGUCACAAGCUGGUUCCGAGAAUGCAUUCAAGAAAGAUGAUGGCAAGCCAUUUAGCUGGUCAGGGGCAGGCAAACAGCUGUUUGGCACUAAGGGCCAAGAUGGAGGGGAGCAACAUGGAGAAGAAGACAAUGAAGUUGUCGAAAGUCAUGAUCCACAAUUUGAGCCAAUUGUUCCCCUUCCUGAUCUUGUAGAAAUUAAAACAGGUGAAGAGGACUUUGAUGCUUUGUUCUGUAUGCGUGCUAAACUUUACCGGUUUGACAAAGAUGUUAAUCAAUGGAAGGAGAAAGGCAUUGGUGAAAUGAAGAUCCUACAACAACAUGACACAGGAAAGAUCCGUUUGUUACUACGUAGAGAACAGAUAUACAAACUGGCCUGUAACCACUGGUUGACCCCUGACCUCACGUUUAAACCUAUGGCCACGUCAGAGCUAGCAUGGUGUUGGACUUCACUGGAUUACAGUGAAAAUGAAGCACGUAUGGAACAGCUGGCUGUGAAGUUCAAGAAUAUAGAUAUAGCCUCCCAAUUUAAAGAAAUGAUUGAUAAAUGCCAAGCAAAGUUGAGAGAGAUGCCAAAACCAGCCAAUGAGGAUAAGAUGCCAAUUCAGGUCUCGGAAGUGACAUCUGUUGAGGCCAGUGAUGCUGGCAUUUCACAGCCCAAUGAAGAGGAGGAUGACAAUGAAGAAGUUGAGGAGGAAGAGGAUGAUGAUGAUGAUGACGAUGAUGAUGAUGAUGAUGAGAUGAUUUUGUUUGAAAAAAGGGCAACAAUGUAUACAAAGGAGAAUGGGAAGUGGAAGAUACUUGGAAUGGGUCAACUUAAGGUGGUUUAUGAUGAAGAUGUGAAUGGAAACAGAAUCGCCAUGGAAACAGACAACAAAACGACUGUGUGCAAUCAUUUGUUAACAAAAGAGUCUGCAUUAAGACUCAACAAGAAGCAGAGGAACUGUGAGUGGUCACCAAUUGAUUUCUCUACAGACGAUCCUGUCAGACGAGAAUUCCGUGCUCAGUUCAGCUCCGAAACUGUCCUUGAGGAAUUUGAACAAUUUUUUCAGCAGGGCCGGCAACUCGCAGUAGACUCAGACCUCUCAGAGAGGGAUAUGAUGGUGACUUAUCCCCGUGAAAUUGUGUUCCCAGAAGUUCAUGCGCAUAGUGCUGGUACAGAUGACUGAAAUGUGACAAUGAACUCUACACCAUACUUUGGAACAUUGAUGACCUACUAAGGACCACAAAAUCAAAUAUUCCUCCAGACAUUGUUUUGUGACAUUUGUAUGUGUAACACAGUUGAACAGUGUACUAAUAUCCAUGGAUGUAGGAUGUACCUGUAACACAGUUGUACAGUGUACUAAAAUCUAUGUAUGUAGGAUGUAUCUGUAACACAUUUGUACAGUGUACUAAUAUCCAUGGAUGUAGGGUGUACCUGUAACACAGUUGUACAGUGUACUAAAAUCUAUGGAUGUAAGAUGUAUCUGUAACACAGUUGUAAAGUGUACAAAUAUCCAUGGAUGUAGGGUGUAUCUGUAACACAGUUGUACAGUGUACUAAAAUCUAUGGAUGUAGGAUGUACCUGUAACACAGUUGUACAGUGUACUAAGAUCUAUGGAUGUAUCUGUAACACGGUUGUACAGUGUACUAAAAUCUAUGGAUGUAAGAUGUAUCUGUAACACAGUUGUAAAGUGUACAAAUAUCCAUGGAUGUAGGGUGUAUCUGUAACACAGUUGUACAGUGUACUAAAAUCUAUGGAUGUAGGAUGUACCUGUAACACAGUUGUACAGUGUACUAAGAUCUAUGGAUGUAUCUGUAACACGGUUGUACAGUGUACUA